GUCCAAGUAUCUCAUUAUACAACCCAAAGAGUUUCAACAAUGAAGCCAACAUAUUCUACCCUUUUCCUCUCUUUACUUGCUUCCACAGAAGCUAUAUCUCUACAUAAGCGAGAACAUGGCCUCGAGCCGAGAGUUAUGAGUGUUCCUAUUCAGCGUCGACAAAUAGAUAACCCCUUGGCCCAUGAUCGAAAGCGUCUGAACAGAAGAGCUGGUACUGUUAAUGUUGGAAUCGACAAUGAGCAAUCCCUCUACUUCCUCAACGCAAGCAUAGGGACUCCACCACAAAACUUCCGUCUUCACCUCGACACUGGAAGCAGUGAUCUUUGGGUCAAUUCAGUAAACUCUGAGCUUUGCGACACUCACGCCAACAUUUGCGCAGAGUCCGGCCUAUACAACGCUAAUAAGUCAUCGACGUACGAGUAUGUGAAUAGUGGAUUCAACAUCUCAUACGCCGAUGGUUCUGGCGCAUCUGGCGACUAUGUCACCGACACGUUUAGAAUGGGAGAAGUUUCCAUCAAAGACCUACAGUUUGGAAUCGGAUACAUAACCUCAGAUAACGAGGGAGUCAUUGGUAUUGGAUACACCUCCAACGAAGCUGUUGUUGAUCAACCCGACCCAGAGUUCUACAAGAACAUGCCAGCUAGACUGGCCUCGGAUGGAGUUAUCGCUUCCAAUGCAUACAGUCUGUACCUUGACGACCUGGAAUCUGCGACUGGAAAAAUCCUGUUUGGAGGAGUUGACGAGCAGCACUUCAUUGGCGAUCUGGUUACCGUGCCCAUUAUGAAGAUCAACGACGAAUACUCCGAGUUCUACGUCAAACUUCAAAGCAUCAACUCAGGUUCAGAAAUAGUCGGAGAGGGCCUUGACCUUGGAGUUGUUCUCGACUCAGGCUCAACGCUCACGUAUCUCCCUUCCAGCGUUACAGACAGCAUAUACCAACUCGUGGGCGCUGACUACGAAGAGGGGCAAACCACAGCAUACGUGCCCUGCGAUCUGGCAAACCAGGGAGGAAAUUUGACCUUCAAAUUCACCUCCCCAGCCGAGAUCACGGUGCCCCUCAGCGAGCUGAUCCUCGACUUUACCGACAUCACAGGCCGCCAAAUGUCGUUUACCAACGGUCAAGCAGCAUGCUCUUUUGGAAUCGCACCCUCGACCUCACAGGUUUCUAUCCUGGGUGACACAUUCCUGAGGAGCGCUUACGUGGUGUUUGACCUGGAUAACAACGAGAUCUCGCUGGCGCAGAGCAACUUUGAAGCCACAGGCUCUCACAUUCUCGAGAUUAGUAAAGGAAAGAACGCCGUGCCUUCUGCGACUGGCUCAGACGGACCUCAGUCUUCGGGUAGCGAGAAUGCUGCCGGAUCACUUUCGCCCCUGGGAAGCACCGGGGCCGUGUCUAUCCUUGCGGGAGCAAUGGCACUCACGUUUGCUUGGUUCCUCAUCUAGAGAGUUUUACCCCUCCCUUUGAGAUAAGGACAUGACAGUAUUAGAUGAUUCAUGGAGUUUGGAAUUUUGGCUUUACAUAUGUCAUUGGGAGCUUGUUCGGCGUCUUGGCUGGUACUGCAUAGUUAUAGAGUUUUGUGUAAGCAUUUACGACGGUUGCAUUGGGUUACAAGUAGAUACCAACGAUAUCACGAGCAUUUUCAAGCUAUAUUAAACUCGGUCAAAUCAGUGAAUAAAUCUUGAGUUCCUGAAGUUUAUUGCUAAAAGGUUAACGACUGUGGCAAAGAUGGCGAUACAGUAGCUAAGUAGUAUUGCUGAUCUAUGUUUGCCGAUUCGGCUCCGAUGGCCAUGAUUAUCGCCGGUAGGGCCGACAUGAUAUCAGGAGUUUGUGAUACUGUCCGGUAGAGUCCAUAAUAUGACCAGAAUUAAUAAAUUAUAUAUAUGCAUGCCCAAGUGCUG